AUGGGCCGGGGAUUUUUCGCUCUGGCCACCGCCCGGGCGGUUUUUUCCGUGUUUCGUCCGAAGCUGGCGUCACUUGUAAGACUCCAACUCCGCCACGGAUUUGCGGUGGAACUUGACCACGGUUGCUGCCUCGUGCGUCCAUGUGGCUCGGCCAAUAGGCUCUGUCCGGAGGCGGGAUUCCGAGUCGAUCGUCAGAACGAUGCUGAACUGCUCGUCUGGUACGGAUGGUUGAAGAAACACAUCCCCAAAUUCACGCACAUCCCUCCCACGUACUCAGGGGGAGAAACCAGCAACACACGGACUCCAUCAGCAUCGGUGAGGAGAAUUAAGAAUAGUAAAAACGAUCCGCUUCAACAUCCAAUCAAACCGUUGAGGAGCCCCAUCGACCAGGUGAGGGGAGGGGGGAAGAAGGAAGUGGAAAGCCACUCGGCUUUGACGACUCCCAGGGCUCCAUCCAUGGAUGGAGAAUGGGGAGGGGGGAAGGAGAGGACAGGCUUACUACGUACCAAUCCAAGCCCGGCCAAGGCCAAAUGCCAGUCCUGCCCAGAACAACCUGAUCCAUCCGGUACCCAGGAAGACACUGCCACUGUCGAUCUCGGGAUACUCUCAACUAGCCAGAGGUCUGAUCCUCUACUAAGAACAACCAGCUCAACAGUCAACAGCCUGUGGGCGGAAACAUUCGCAUCGAGAGACAAUAAUAAUUUUAGCAGAUGGACCGUCGGAACUGGUCCCAGCAUCGUCAUCGUCAUCCCGCUCGUGUUGCCCCUCCGAAUUGACCCAAUGUGGGAAUCAGGUUGAAAUUCAUCUGGCCAUCAGGAAAAAGCAAAUAUUUCAUCAAUCAGCAUUGAACAAGCA